CCCGCCCAUAUUCAUGACAGCACAGCAGAUCUGCAGCAGAUCGAUAGAAAUUAUAAAUCUGAUUUCUCUGUGCCGCGCCAUUUAACCAGGUCAUCCAUUAUUGAGCCAGUUGAAUACAUACUUCUGUUCACAACAAGAACAUAGCAACCGUACCAUGACAGGCCGUCAACUGCAACUGCUGUUUUUGGUUUUGGCCAUUCUUGCUGUUGCAUAUGCAUCGCCGUACGAAGCGUCUUUCCAAGAGAACAAAUUUUCCAGCCUUGCCAAAGAGACUUACUUUGAGCAGCCAGUGGGACACUUAAACUACAUUGAUGAUGAAACAUGGAUGCAGAGACUGUUCACUACAGACACAUACUUCCAGAGUGGAGGUCCCCUGUUCUUCUACACUGGUAACGAAGGUCCCAUCGAGUCCUUUAUGGACAACUCUGGUUUUAUCUUCACUCUGGCACAGGAGUUCAAAGCACUGCUCGUCUUUGCAGAGCACCGUUACUAUGGCAAGUCCCUCCCAUUUGGCAAUGCCUCCUUCACGAAAGAGAACAUCAAGUACUUGUCAGCUGAGCAAGCUCUCGCUGACUUUGCCGUGCUCGUGCAAUCACUGAAGGAGCAGUACAAGAUCAACAAGGUCGUCUCAUUCGGAGGAAGCUAUGGUGGAAUGUUGUCAGCAUGGUUCCGGUUCAAGUACCCUAAUGUGGUUGACGGAGCUCUGGCCGCCAGUGCACCUAUCUAUAUCGUGGCAGGUGGCAUCACACCCAGGACCGCCUUCUUUGAGAAGGCCACACAGGAUUUUGCCAAGGCUAACAGUCAGUGCCCCGUCUUUGUUCGUGAGGCCUACACCAUGAUAGCAGACAUGGCUAAACAGGGAGAUGCCGGGCUACAGAAAAUUACUGAUGCCUUCUCUCUGUGUACACCUCUCAAAAGUGACAGGGUGGCCCACCUCGAGGGUUGGGUACGAAACUCGUUCACUCAGCUGGCAAUGGUUGACUAUCCAUACCCGGCCAAUUUUCUUGCCCCCCUCCCCGCCAACCCUGUGUCCUACUCCUGUAAUCUGUUGCUAACGGCAACAGACCGACUGAAGGGACUGGCCCAGGCCGCAGGUUUGUUCUACAAUGGGACGGCUGGCCGGCUGCCCUGUAACGAUAUUGAGACGCAGUUUAUUGAGUGUGCAGACCCGACUGGGUGUGGCACAGGACCCGCCGCCACCAGCUGGGACUACCAGGCGUGCACGGAGAUGUCCCUCCCCAGUGACACAAACAAUAUGACAGACAUGUUUCCCCCGACCAUUUUUGAUCCCUCGGCUUACUGCGAGAAAACAUGGGGAGCUAAACACCGGAAGGGCUGGAUGGACACCCAAUUCUGGGGGAAAAAUAUACUGGCUGCCUCCAACAUCAUCUUCUCCAAUGGUAACCUGGACCCGUGGAGUGUGGGUGGGGUGCAACAGAAUCUCUCUGACAGUCUGGUAGCCAUUAUGAUUGAGGGAGGAGCUCACCACUUGGACCUGAGAUCGGCCAACCCCAAGGACCCACCAGCUGUCAUUGCAGCGAGGAAACUGGAGAGAGACACUAUUGCAAAGUGGAUUAAAUAGUAGACGUACGUAGUUUGGUUUAUAGUUUUUAUUGUUUUACAUAACCAUUUUUUGCGUACACCAAGUGAAAUGUUGCAACCUGUG